CCUUUCCUACCGGAGCGCGCGCCCUCCAGCGCCUGCUCUCGAUCUUCCUCCUCUCCACCACCCCCUCGCGAGUGCGCGCGUCUCGGCGCGCGCGAGCACUCCUGCUCUUCGACUGCUUUGGACCGGCGGCAGCUGGGGAAAGUCUGAGAGAGAGAGACACACGCACAGAGAGAGAUGCGCUUUCCGAGUCGGUUCCCGCCAGAGUCUUUCGCGGGUUCUUCCUGCUAAGGAACUGUUUUCUCUUCCACCCUCUCUUCCCCUCCUUCCCUCCCUCCCUCCCUCCCCGACUUGCUGGGCGAGCGUGUCAGGAGACCUCAACCUGGAAGAAGAGUCGUGUGGGUACGUUUAACCCCCCACCGCCACUUACUCGCCUGCCCACCCGCCGUUGAGGCGACGCGCAAGGCUUGCGAGGGAAAUAAAGGAGAACGGCACCGCAAGGUUUAGUGGAAGAAGGGGGAGAAAAAAACCCGGGACGGUUUGGAAAUGCUAGUCCUUCAGCGUGUGCUCCUCGCCGCUAUCCAGCUCGUCUGCUUGGGCGGACUAGAAAUGGUUUCUGGAUACUUCAGACACCAACGAAAAUAUAUUGAAGUAGUUGACUGGUCCUAUUCAGGAGCAUUAAAUCAAACAAGUUGGGGGAAAAAAUACCCUGCAUGCAAUGGUGCCAAACAGUCGCCUAUUAAUAUUGAUGAAGAUCUAACUCAAGUAAAUGUAAAUCUGAAGGAACUGAAAUUCCAAGACUGGGGAAAAGAAACAUCAGAAGAUACUUUAAUCUACAACACUGGCAAAACAGUGGAAAUUAAGUUGACAAAUGAAUACUUUGUGACUGGAGGAGGCUUAGAAGCUAUAUUUAAAGCAAGCAGGAUAACCUUUCACUGGGGAAAAUGUAAUAUAUCUCAAGAUGGAUCCGAACAUAGCAUUGAUGGCCAAAAAUAUCCUCUUGAGAUGCAAAUCCACUGUUAUGAUACAAAUCAGUUUGAGGAUAUAGAUAAGGCAAUUGAAGGAAAUGGGAAAUUAAGAGCUUUAUCAAUCUUAUUUGAGAUUGGCCUAGAAGAUAAUGCAAACUACAACGCAAUUAUAGAUGGGGUGGCCAGUGUUAGCCGCUUUGGGAAAAAAAGUGAACUGGAGCCCUUCAUCUUGUUAAAUCUUUUGCCAAAUUCAACAGACAAAUAUUACACUUACAAUGGAUCUUUAUCAACACCCCCUUGCUCAGAAACAGUUGAAUGGAUUGUAUUUAAGGACACUGUUAACAUUUCAGAAAACCAGCUGUCAGUAUUUUGUGACGUCCUCACCAUGCAGCAGUCUGGUUAUGUAAUGCUAAUGGACUAUCUGCAAAAUAAUUUUAGAGAGCAGCAACAUAAGUUUUCUGGCCAAGUGUUUUCCUCAUAUACUGGGCAGGAAGAAAUUCAUGAAGCAGUUUGCAGCUUAGAACCAGAAAAUGUUCAAGCUGAUCCAAAGAACUAUACCAGCCUUCUGGUUACUUGGGAAAGGCCACGACUUGUCUAUGACACAAUGAUUGAGAGAUAUGCUGUGUUUUACCAACAGUUAGAGGGAGAAGAUGAGACAAAGCAUGAGUUCCUAACGGAUGGGUAUCAGGACUUGGGGGCCAUUCUGAAUAACCUGCUGCCCAAUACAAGCUAUGUCCUUCAGAUAGUUGCUAUUUGUGCUAAUGGACUAUAUGGAAAAUACAGCGAUCAAGUAAUUGUUGACAUGCCUUUGGAUGAUCCAGAAACUGAAUUUCCUGAAAUGUCUGAAAUGGAAGAUUAUGAGGAAGAAGAUGAAAUUGACGAGUCAAGGACAGGGGUGGGAGAAGAAGCUGCAGUCCUUACCAGCACAGAGAGUUUGAGAAAUCAAAUAAGGAAACAGGAGUUCCAGUUUACUACAUCUAGCUACAGUCAAGAGGGAAUGGAGACAAGGUUCAGUGAAGCAGGAACACACAGACAUCCAGAGAAAGAGGAAGACUUCCAAGGGAAAAAUGAUCCUUCCCAAGUAAUUUUGCAUCCAACUCCUCAGCCUGUUACAGAAGUACCAAAGGAGGAAGAGAAUGAUUCUAUGGGAUCUCAAGCAACAGCUACAAUUGUUCCUCUAACGAGCAGCUCCACCAAAGGUAAUGAGGAAGAGUAUGCACAUACAUUUUCUUACAAUGAGACAAGAGCAUCUGAUAGUAUUGAAGAUGAUAUAGAGGUAUCCGCCUUUAAGCCAGACCUAGACAUCGAUGACUCUUGGGGUUCCAUAUCUACCACCUCUUCAACGUGGUUAGUUACAAUUGAGACAGCCCAGGAACACAUCUUUAGUUCAGGAAGCCCAGAAACAAGCAUGCCUGAUGACCUCUCUCAAGACUAUAUUGAAGUUGUGUCAGAAGAUAUAGCACCUCCAAGAGCUGAAGAUUCUGCAGAGAAAACACCUGCAGAAAAUGGGGAUUUAUGGCACCAUCAUGGCACAAGUAUUACUGCCAUUCCAUUGGAUAGUAAAGAGCUUUUUCACAUUAGUUCCCCAAACCGUGCAACAGUGGUCUAUCCCAUUGAUCCACUGGUGUCACAGGAUACUUCAUUUGUGGAUAUAGAAUUGCCACAUUCUUCCACCUUUGCUUUCUCCCCUCCCGAGUUGUCAUCUUACUCUGUCUCUGCAAAUGCUGAAGAACGUGGCUCUGCUUCUGCUGCUGCCAGUGGGGGCCUCUCUCAGACAACUCAGCCAGUGUAUAAUGGUGAGAUACCACUUCAACCUUCCCACCGUAGUGAAGUGUUUCCUCUAGUCACCCCUUUAUUGUCUGGCGCCCAGAUGCUCAACACUUUCCCUGCUGCAUCAAGUAGUGAUGUGACCUUGCAUGCCACACCUGUAUUUCCCAGUGUUGAUGUGUCAUUUGACUCCACCCUGUCUUCCUAUGGUGGUGUACCUUUGCUUCCAUUUUCCUCUGCUUCCUCCAGUAGUGCAAUGUUUCACCAUCUGUAUACAGUUUCUCAAACAUUUACUCAAGCUACUCCAGCUGUUGAGAGUGAUAAGGUGUCCCUGCAUGCUCCUUUGACAUUGGCAGAGGGAGGCGUAUUGAUGCAAUCAAGCCUUGCUCAGUUUUCUGAUGUGACAUCACAUCAGACAGUCUAUGCUGCUCCAGAGACAUUGAUAUUUGGUCAUGAUAGAACUCACUUGUUGUCUGAAGUUGAACCAUCCAGCAGUGAUUUAAAUAUGCAUGUACUGUCUACAGUGUCUGAACUUACUCAUGCUUUAUCUAGUAAUGUGGGCUCUCUUCAAACUGUUGCUGCUUCCUAUUAUACUUCAGAAUUUGUGCAUGAGUCUGUUGGCACGUUUCAUCAGGCUCUGUUACCUAGCAGCUCUAGCAAUGUGCUUGUGCCUAAGCCUUCUACUGCAGUCUCGCAAGCUGACAUUUUGCUGCAGCCUACCUGCUCUCUUUCUAGUGCAAUGGAUCAGUCUGAAGUCUAUUCUGGUGGUGAGUCCCUUUUGCCUGACACAGCUAUUUUGUCAAUGCUUAAAACUUCUUCACAUGACUCUUCAGGUGAACUGAUAUCCAGCACACCUGGAUAUAGUGAUGAUGUGGAGAUGCCUCGCAAAAAUGGUGUCAUAUAUGCAUAUGACAAAGAACUGCAAAUUUCUUCUUUCAGUGAAAUGGCUUCUCCUGCUGAAAGUGAAAUGACUGAGUUUACAACAGCAAUUUCUAAUGAUGAGAUUGCUAAACAUGAUGCAACCUUACAAGAAAUCCUGAUUACUGUUUCUAGUGCAAAGGGAACCCUUCCAGUAUCUAUUGCUUUUCCUGUUGCUAAGGUGUUUGAUUAUGAUGUUAGUAGCCUCACAGAAAAUCAUGUUCCAAUCCAGCCUUUGCAUGAUACAACGCCAGCCUUUGAUGACUCGUUGCCUAAGCCCCUGCUCACUGCCAUCUCACAGCCAGCUUCUUUUACCCCUGCUUCUAGUGAAAUAUUGGCAUCCUCUCCUCAACAGAAUUUUUACGAGGCUUCAGCUAUAUUUAGCAAUAAUGCAUUGCUGCAAACGUCCUUUCAGUCCUCUGGUGGUGGCACACAACUUAAAACCUCUGUAACUGCACCUAGUGAUCUGGUAUUGGUAAGGAAGACUACAAAGCCUAGUAAUGGUAGUUCUAUAUCUGACCAAAUAUUGAAUCGAAUGGCAUCAGAUUCUGCAGCAAAUAAAACAAUGUUGCAUUCUGCACCAGCACCAUCUGCUGUAAUUACAUCACAUACUGCCAGUAACUCCACAGUUUUGCUAGAAGGUUUAACUGUUGCCUAUAUAAAUGAUGAAUACAUUUCACCCAGGUUGUCCUACAAUGAAGACACAUCAUUACAGUCAUCCAGUGUAGAAAAUACAAAUGAUAUUCCCUUCAAAGCAGGGAACACAGUGACUGCAGCUCUUUUGUCAACUGAUACAUUAUCAAAUACUAUUACAUCUGUUCAUAACCAUAGUCUUUCUAAUGUUCCUCAGAAGGAUGAGCUAACUGUUUCUUCACAUACUGAUAUUGUUGAUAUUACAGUUUCUGUCCCUGAAAUAAUUUCUGAUUCUAUUCAGCAUCCUUUUACAAACAUACCAGAUGUGUAUAUUUCUGUUACAGCUGAUUCUUCCAACACUGAAGGUGGUAAAACUUUAAAAACAUUAUUAGCUCCUAGUAAAGUAAUUACCAAAUUAUCCACCACUGCUGGUUCUAAUACUGAUGUGUGGUCCUCUAUUGUUUAUGAUGAUUAUGAUGAAUAUGAUAGUGGCCUACCUAUAAAUGGUUGUCACACAUGCAUGUCCCAUAGAAGAACUCAGGAGGAGGUAGAUGGGCCCAAAACAGAGGCAAACAGUGUAAAAGAUCACGACAACCUAAUUGUAAAUUCACAUUUUGAAACAUCUGAAGAAAAAGAAGAGAAGAAAACUGUAACUGCUUUAUCAGAUCACAUGGUAACCAAUGAGAUGGACCAAAUGAAACAUGCAACAGUCCCGCCUGUGGCUUCAAACAUGAAGAUUGAGAAACACAGUGAACCAGCUCUGUGGCAUAAUCAGAUUCAGACUGUUAGUGGUUCACUGCAAAAGGCACCAAAAUCUAAAUCAUGGGCAGUUUUUACAAAUGAUGAAGAAAGUGGUUCUGGUCAAGGCACUUCAGAUAACAUUAAUGAUAAUGAGACCUCAACAGAUUUCAGUUUUUCUGAUGCUAGCAACCAAGGCUCUGAGGGUGUAGCUGGAGUAAGUAACUCAAAAUUAACUUCUGGAUCACAGCAGGCUUCAGUAGGAUCCAUGCCUAGUGGCCAGUCAUCAGUAUUCAACAUUUCCGAGGCAGAGGCAAGUAAUAGUAGCCUUCAGUCCCGUAUUGGUCUGCCAGAACCGAAGACAGUUAUACCUCUUGUGGUCGUAUCAGCCCUGACUUUCAUCUGUCUAGUGAUUCUUGUUGGUAUACUCAUAUACUGGAGGAAAUGUUUCCAAACAGCUCACUUUUAUUUAGAAGAUAACACGUCACCCCGGGUAAUAUCCACUCCCCCAGCACCAGUCUUCCCUGUGUCAGAUGAUGUUGGAGCAAUCCCAGCAAAACAUUUUCCAAAACAUGUUGCAGAUCUACAUGCCAGCAAUGGAUUCACUGAAGAAUUUGAGACACUGAAAGAGUUUUAUCAGGAAAUCCAGAACUGCACUGUAGAUCUUGGUAUCACAUCUGAUAGCUCUAACCAUCCAGACAACAAGAAUAAGAAUAGAUAUAUAAAUAUUGUUGCCUAUGAUCACAGUAGAGUUAAACUUGCCCAACUUGCAGACAAAGAUGGAAAACUUAAUGACUACAUUAAUGCCAACUAUGUGGAUGGCUACCACAGACCAAAAGCUUACAUUGCUGCUCAAGGACCUUUAAAAUCCACAGCAGAAGAUUUCUGGAGAAUGAUUUGGGAACAUAAUGUGGAAGUCAUUGUAAUGAUAACCAACCUUGUUGAGAAAGGAAGGAGAAAAUGUGACCAGUACUGGCCUGCUGAUGGUAGUGAAGAAUAUGGAAACUUUUUAGUCACUCAGAAGAGCAUUCAAGUGCUUGCUUAUUACACUGUAAGGAAUUUUACCAUUAGGAACACAAAAGUGAAAAAGGGAUCUCAGAAAGGAAGACCUGGUGGCCGUGUCAUUUCUCAGUACCACUAUACCCAGUGGCCCGAUAUGGGUGUCCCUGAAUAUACUUUGCCAGUGCUUACAUUUGUUCGAAAAGUUUCACAUGCUAAGCGCCAUGCUGUGGGCCCAGUUGUGGUUCAUUGCAGUGCUGGCGUUGGAAGAACAGGAACAUACAUAGUAUUAGAUAGCAUGCUACAGCAAAUUCAGCAUGAAGGGACUGUCAAUGUAUUUGGAUUCCUGAAGCAUAUACGAACACAAAGAAACUACCUGGUUCAGACAGAGGAACAAUAUGUCUUUAUUCACGAUGCACUUGUAGAAGCCAUACUUAGUAAAGAAACAGAAGUACCUGAAAGUCACAUCCAUGCCUAUGUUAAUUCACUCUUAAUACCUGGACCAAUGGGAAAGACCAGAUUAGAGAAACAAUUUAAGCUUCUAAGCCAGUCUAAUAUACAGCAGUGUGAUUAUUCUACUGCUCUGAAACAGUGUAACAGAGAAAAGAACAGGACUUCAUCUAUCAUUCCUGUGGAAAGAUCUAGAGUUGGUAUUUCAUCGUUGUCAGGUGAAGGCACAGACUACAUCAAUGCUUCCUAUAUUAUGGGUUAUUAUCAAAAUAAUGAAUACAUUAUUACCCAGCAUCCUCUUCUACAUACUAUAAAAGAUUUCUGGAGAAUGAUAUGGGACCACAAUGCUCAGAUUGUUGUCAUGCUUCCAGAUAGUCAAAAUAUGGCUGAAGAUGAAUUUGUAUACUGGCCAAACAAAGAAGAUCCUAUAAAUUGUGAAAGCUUUAAAGUUAGCCUGAUUUCUGAAGAACACAAAUGUUUGUCAAAUGAAGAGAAACUCAUAAUCCAGGAUUUCAUUUUAGAAGCAACACAGGAUGAUUAUGUUCUUGAAGUGCGGCAUUUUCAGUGUCCAAAAUGGCCAAAUCCAGAUAGCCCAAUCAGUAAAACAUUUGAACUGAUAACUGUAAUCAAAGAAGAAACUUCCAAGAGAGAUGGGCCCAUCAUUGUGCAUGAUGAGCAUGGAGGAGUGACAGCGGGUACCUUCUGUGCAUUAACAACGCUGAUGCAUCAACUAGAAAAUGAAAAUUCUGUGGAUGUUUAUCACGUAGCUAAGAUGAUCAAUUUGAUGAGGCCUGGAGUCUUCACGGAUAUUGAUCACUAUCAGUUUCUCUACAAGACUAUUCUCAGUCUUGUUAGUUCAAGGCAAGAAGAAAACCCUUCAGUAUCAAUAGACAGUAAUGGGUCAGCUUUACCAGACGGCAAUGCAGCUGAAAGCUUGGAAUCUUUAGUUUGAUUACAAAUGGAACAUACCAUGUGGUAAUUAUCCAGAUCUGGAAAUUUCAGUACAUUUCAUUCCUUUUUUAAAAUAAUAAUUAAAAAAAUGGGGCAGAGAGGGUAUGAGGGGGGAAAAGUCCAGCAAUUAGAUAAUCUUUUUAUUUCACAUGUUCAAACAAGCAUUCGUUGCAAAUGACUUAAUUGCUGAACUUAAUAUCAUUAACAAAUGUGUGCCUUUUUGAAAUAUUUCUUGUAAUGCAUUUUGUUAUGUUUGAACUAAUUUGAUUGAUCUUUAUUGUAUUUCUAAAAAUGAAACUGUGGUCUCUUUUACAGUAUUAGUUUAUGAUUUCUUGGGCUUUAUUUUUACUUAAAUUUGAUCAUAACUGUAGAUGCGAAGAUUCUCAGAAUGGAACGUGUAAUGUUUUAGUAUCCAGUUUACUUGCUGUUAUUUAUAGCAUUCCUUACAUUUGCUAGAAGUUUAACUUUUAAUAUUGUAGAAUGUAAAUAUACUCUGCUCUGUAAUAUUCAACAUUUUAAGAUUUUGGUAGGCAUUUAGAAUAGCUGAUACUUACUGUAAAUAUUUCUAGAGUGGAUUCCAUGGACCAAAUUUAUAUUUAUAAUUGUAGAGUUUUAUAUUUUACUACAAAGUCAGUUUUCUAGUUCUGUGUAAUCGCAUUGUUAAAAUUAUGUAGUUCAAUAUAAGUUAAUUUUAACAAGCAUCUUCUGAUACAUUGUCAUGCAUCCUAAGUGAGUAACCGUAUCUUUGCAUGCAGUUUUAACUUUUGUGGGAAGCUGAAAUAUACCUGUUUUGAAAUAAGAAAUUUCUAUGAAAGUAACAUCUGUACUGCACAUUGUUUAAACUGUUUUUAUCCAAGGCACUGCAAAAAUAAAUAUCAAUAUUCCAGUUUUUGUUGAA